AUGCCUCGUCUCGUGCGCCGCCAGCCGCUCGCAGAGCGCAUCCAAGCCUACUUGAACCCAUGGGAUUUUCUGCUUUGGUUGUCCGAGUCUAUCGACGGAUAUGACUGGGACCAGCUAGAGAAGGACUGGGGCCUCACAAUCGGUGUCACUCUCAAUUUGAUAUUUUUGGUUGCGCGCGCAAAUAGUGGAUCGAGUGGAAGCGAAGCUAUCGACGAUGUCUUUGGAGAUGGGGAUGGUCUGCCCUGGCUCAGCUGGUUUGCAUGGGUCGUUGUUCAUACUCUCAUAUUGAUCUCUGGGGGUAAUGCAAUCUACACCUUCUACCGCAAGCGGCAUUACCGGUUGUUUGAAUCUCCGAUUGACACAGCACCUGCGACUUCUUCUGCCACUAGAGUGAGAGUUGAAUCAAGCCCGAUGAUUGCCUCACCCUUGCGGUACCUGGCAAAUGCCAUGUCAUCCGAACCAGCCGAGUCGCGGGCGCAUCCCGACGCGCAUCGGGAUGUUUGGGAGGUGGCGAUGUGGGAUCCUCUUCCGAUCUGCGUUCGAUUGUUCUGUUUGUUCAGUCCUGGCCAUGUUUUGAUCUAUUACCUCUUCUUGCCGACUCUGCUCUCCGACCCUCGCCCUAGCGUGACCAUCGUGACGACUAUUUUCUUGACCAUUCUUCUUUCGGUUCAGAUGUCCUUCAUCUCUUCAUACUACAAGCAACAAGCCAAGGAUUCUAUGCUGGUGCAUAGGGAGGUCAUGAAGGAAUAUGAUACAAAAUAUGUCCACCCCCGGACUCAGCCAUUGAUGAGAGAUGUUGGCACCCAGUUCUCGGAAGGCAGUGACCUCACCCCAGCAUCUGGAGGGCAGAACAAGGUCGAAACCUAUACACCAACCUUUAUUGUCAACCGUGGAUUCAAAACUAGUCCCAACCCGAACUAUCUCAGUCACGUCGACCCAGAAGGGUUCUCCCCGCGGCGUCCAAUGGACUCUACUCCAUCCGCGAGAUCAAUCUUCCAAACUCAACCGUCCUUGCAUACGCCAGUCACGUCGCGUGAUGGCUCCCCCAUGGUUCGAACGGCGAACACAUCUAUGCGACAACCACAGUUUCGGCCAGGCUCAACCACCACUGGUGACGGUGGUAGCCUCGGAGUUUAUUCACAUGCCAACUCCCCCUUGAGGAAGUCGGCAUCGACGGCGUUUGAGCGUCGCGUUCAAAAUAAUGGAGAUUUCUUCUAUAAAGAGCGGGGGACCAGCCCUCUAAGGAAACCCUCCAGUCCUCUCAAGCGAAGCAGUUUGGCAGGACCAUUGGGUAGUCCAGCACCUGGACUUAGACCAAGUAACUUGGGUUCCACCAACCGCCGUGAAACUGGCAGGUUCUAA